GAGAGAGCGGGAGGGGGUAGCGGAGAGCAGAGCCAAAUCCAAUCCGAGGCAGCGGGCUGAGAGAGGAGAGAGAGGCGAAAGACAGGGGAAGAAGCACGCGAAAAAGAAGCGAGCCCAGCUUGCCGGCGCAGCAGUGCUGGGCUUGGCUUCCCUUGACUUGGCCAACUCGAUCUUCUCAAGAGAAGCCAGGGACAGGAGCGAUGGCCGAGGGAGAAGACGAGCAGCGGAGCUGGUGACCGUGGGCGUCCGAGUGGAUUAUUGGGGCUUCCAGUUGCGCUGAACCCCACGGUCUCAGCCAAUGAAGACGCCGGGCACAGCGUGAACAGUCAUUAAGAAAGCCCCCAGCAAGUGUAAACAAGAGGGCCAGCAUGGAUGGAGUGCCUGGGGGCCGAGGGUGCCCUGUGCUGCCCCCACCUCUAGCUUGCCCAGCAGCCGCCCAGCCCUGCCCCUCCCCACCUACUCACUUCUGAUCUUUUUUCAUCCUUUCCUCUUCUUUUUUUUUCUUUUCUAUUCUCUCUUCAUCUUCUUCUCCUUCAGCGCAAGACAACAAGGAUUUUGAUUUUUUUUUUUUUGGAGGUGGGGGGGACCCGGCCAUGGUCCUUCCGUGCCCUCGUUAAAAUACCCGCUUUCUCUCCCAACGCCCAGCGGCGAUUGGCACUAUCAGAUAUCUGCUCUAUUUAUUUUUACCUAAAGGAAAAGCUCCAGCUCUCUUCCCACUCCCAGCUGCCUCGCCACCCCUCCCAGCCCUCGGUUUGCCCUCCAGCGGGGCUGCGGGGAGUUCGAGCCGAGCUAAAAAACCUGUUGAGAGACGCGCGCAUGGACGAGACUCGGCAGCGCUGCGAGGCGCGCGCACACACACAGUCCGCUCGCUUCUUCGGCCUCGGCGUUGCCAGCGCUUCCUGGAAGUCUGGAGCUCUCGCAGUGCAGUGAGUUCAUGCACCUUCUUGCCAAGCCUCAGUCUUUGGGAUCUGGGGAGGCUGCCUGGUUUUCCUCCCUCCUUCUGCGCAUCGGCUGGGGUCUCCUCCUCCCCAGGCCUCUCCAGCCCCCCACCCCACCCCCACCGCGGCCUCUCUCUGUCUCUCCCCAUCCACCCGCCCCUCCACCGGCUCGCCCAUGAAGAUGCACUUGCAAAGGGCUUUGGUGGUCUUGGCCCUGCUGAACUUCGCCACGGUCAGCCUCUCUCUGUCCACUUGCACCACCUUGGACUUUGGCCACAUCAAAAAGAAGAGAGUGGAAGCCAUUAGGGGACAGAUCUUGAGCAAGCUCCGGCUCACCAGCCCCCCUGAGCCGUCGGUGAUGACCCACGUCCCCUAUCAGGUCCUGGCCCUUUAUAACAGCACUCGGGAGCUGCUGGAGGAGCUGCAAGGGGAGAAGGGAGAAGGCUGCACUCAGGAAAACACCGAGUCGGAAUACUAUGCCAAAGAGAUCCAUAAAUUCGACAUGAUCCAGGGGCUAGCGGAACACAACGAGUUGGCCGUCUGCCCCAAAGGAAUUACCUCCAAGGUUUUCCGCUUCAAUGUGUCCUCAGUGGAGAAAAAUGGAACCAACCUAUUCCGAGCAGAAUUUCGAGUCUUGCGGGUGCCCAACCCCAGCUCCAAGCGCAAUGAGCAGAGAAUCGAGCUCUUCCAGAUCCUCCGGCCAGAUGAGCACAUUGCCAAGCAGCGCUACAUUGGCGGCAAGAACCUGCCCACACGUGGCACGGCCGAGUGGCUGUCUUUUGAUGUCACGGACACUGUGCGUGAGUGGCUUUUGCGAAGAGAGUCCAACUUAGGUCUGGAAAUCAGCAUUCACUGUCCAUGUCACACCUUUCAGCCCAAUGGAGAUAUCUUGGAAAAUAUUCAUGAGGUGAUGGAGAUCAAGUUCAAAGGCGUAGACAAUGAGGAUGACCAUGGCCGUGGAGAUCUGGGGCGCCUCAAGAAGCAGAAGGAUCACCACAACCCUCACCUCAUCCUCAUGAUGAUCCCCCCACACCGGCUUGGCAACCCGGGCCAGGGCGGGCAGAGGAAGAAGCGCGCCCUGGACACCAAUUACUGCUUCCGCAACCUGGAAGAGAACUGCUGUGUGCGCCCUCUCUACAUUGACUUCCGCCAGGACCUGGGCUGGAAAUGGGUCCACGAACCUAAGGGAUACUACGCCAACUUCUGCUCGGGGCCUUGCCCAUACCUCCGCAGUGCAGACACGACCCACAGCACGGUGCUGGGACUGUACAACACCCUGAAUCCAGAGGCCUCUGCCUCACCCUGCUGCGUGCCCCAGGACUUAGAGCCCCUGACCAUCCUGUACUACGUCGGGAGGACCCCCAAGGUGGAACAACUCUCCAACAUGGUGGUGAAGUCCUGUAAGUGCAGCUGAGGCCCCGGGACCUGUGUCGGAGGAGACAGAGAGGAUC